GCGGAGCAGGAAGCGGCGCGGGGCGGGUGGAGCCGCGCGGUCCCGGUGCCCACGCAGCCCCCGCGUCCCCCGCAGCCGCCGCACCAUGCGGUGCGUCCUGAUCGCCAGCACCGCGGCUGAGCUGCUCUUCUAUUGGGCCGAUGCCGCUUUCCUCCGCCGGCUGCGAGCACCCCACGGCGGGCAGGGCACGGCGCUGGAGGACAGCCUCAACACCCUCUUCGCCCCGCUCAUCAUCUCCUCCGCCGCGCUGCUGGAGAAGCUGGCCGACACCUACACCUGCUUCGCCACCGAGCGCGGGCGGCACCUCCACGUCCUGCACAUGUUCGGGGACUGCCUGUACAUCGCCGUGAACGGUGACGGGACGGAGAGCGAGGAUGACCUGCGCCGGACGCUGUUCGUGCUGCGGCGCUUGGUGGAAGCUCAUUGCGGCCUCGUCAUGCUCGACUCCCACCUCAUCCGCAAGGAGUUGCGGCCGGCUGAUUGGGAGCAGCGGGAGCGUGUCUGGAGCCUGCUGCGGGGCCUGCUGGAGACCUACAUCCAUCUGCGGGAGGAGGACCAGAGCUUUGCAGUGGAGGCCGUGGAGAGGCUGAUUCACCCUCAGCUGUGCGAGCAGUGCAUUGAAUUCCUGGAGCGGGAGGUGGUGCAGUACAUCAAUACCAGUCCAGAGCGUGGUGGGGACGAGGUGGCCCAUGCCUUCCUUCUGGUGCACACCAAGCUGCUGGCCUUCUACUCCAGCCGCAACACCAGCUCCAUCCGGCCUGCUGACCUGCUCGUCCUCAUCCUCCUGGUGCAGGACAUGUACCCCAGCCAGAGUGCCGAGGAAGAGCUCAGUCUCCAGUCUGCACCAGAGAAUAUGCUCCCCCAGGGACCCAAGAGAAGUGAGAGCAUCCCUGUGAGUAGCCCUAGCUCCCAUGGAGCUGCAGAGAAGGACUCAGAUGACCAGCAGGACACAGAUGAUCUCUCGGUGCCUGAGGUUUACUACACGCCCAAGCCCUCACCAGGCAGGGACAGCACAGGCAGCGAGAGCUGGUUGGAGGACGCUGAGAUGCUGACUGCUGGUGAGGCAGAUGCUGCAGAAGUCCAGAUGGCAGAGGACUUGCUGCAGACCUUGGAGUCUUUGGUCCCUGAAGCUUCAAAUCCCAGAAGGAUCUUUCUGGAUGCCAACCUGCGUGAAGGUUACUGCCCCUUGCUGCCACACACCAUGCACUGCCUCCCGCUCUGGCCGGGCAUCUCCCUUGUCCUCCUGACCAAGGGUGCCACAACCCAGGUGGCUGUUACUUUAUACCAGCUGCUGGAUGGUUUCUUGGUGCUGGAGAGGAAGCUCGAAGAGGGGCCAGAAGCAGGAGCCCCACGCUCCUACCCAUUUCUGGCUGAGCUGCGGCAGCGCAUGGACAAGUUUGUGAAGAAGCUGAGUGGUCAGGACAUCCAGCUGCAGAAUGCCUGGGUGGACUUGAAGAACAAGAUAUUCUCCCGGAGCGAGCCUGCAAGCUCCUCGGAGAUGCUGCAGGCAGUGGCCAAUGUGAAGCGGCAGCUCUUCUCCGUGUACCGCCAGCUCUUCCUGGCCUCCACCAGCCAUAGCCUGUCCCAAGCGCUGCGGGACCGUGCCCAGAAGCUGAUGAGGGAGAAGCUGCUGGACUGGCGGGACUUUCUACUGGUGAAGAGCAGGCGCAAUAUCACCAUGCGCACAUACCUGGAGGACUUUCCUGGCCUUGUGCACUUUGUCUAUGUGGACCGCACGACUGGGCAGAUGAUGGCACCAUCAUUGAGUGUGACAGAGAAGUCCAGCUCGGAGCUGGGCAAGGGCCCCUUGGCUGCCUUCAUCAAGAGGAAGGUCUGGUCCCUGGUUGCAUUGGCCCGGCGAUACCUACAGAAGGGCUACACGACACUUGUGCUGCAGGAUGGCGACUACUGCUGUUCCUACUUCCUCUGGUUUGAGAAUGAGCUGGGCUACAAGCUGGAGGUGAUGGAGGUGCCGGUUCUCUCAGAUGAUUCUCCUCCUAUUGGAAUGCUGGCAGGAGACUACUACAGGAAGCUACUGCGUUACUACAGCAAGAACCACCAGGCAGAGGUAGUGAAGUGCUACGAGCUGCUGACUGUGCACCUGGGCAUCAUUCCCUCUGAGCUCGUGGUCCAGCAGGCCUGUGACUUGGCCCGGCACCUCUGGGAGCCCUCCCGCAUCCCCCUGCUCUGAACUGACUCCAUCCACCUCCCUCAGGGACGGGAUUAAAGCAGGAGUGUCGGUGA